UUCUGCGUUCCGCACAGUAUGUUCAGUUAGGCGCUCAUCAUGUGCCGGGGCAAGCUACUGUCACUCGGCGGAGUUAAAACCAAGUCAUUUUCCAUGGAUACUGGUCAGUUAGAAUCAGCGAGCGAUGAAGACCACGAAUCAAGUGUACAUCAAGUCAGCGGCUGCUACAGAGUCUCUAGUCCAUCACCUGUCCUGAUUGAGCAUUGUUGCUUAAGAGAUUCUGGAAACAAAUGGAACAUAAUGGUCAAAUGCCGAACAAUACCAAGCCACUGCGUUGGAAAGACUCCAAAGACAAGCGGGUGGAGGAACGUUACAGAAGUGUACCCGGACGCUAGAGUAGUGGAGAAACAUAACGACAUUGAAGUGACCCUACCAACACUGUGUGAAGACAUUGAGAUCGCGGCCUUUGGAAUUCCAGGAAAUGAUGACCAGAAACGAAUGCAAAUGGCGAUCUUUGGAAGAAAACCAACACAAGGAAGAGACUGGAAAAUUCGGGUUUAUCUCAUCGACGAUUCAACAAUAGCCUUUAAGAACGUUUGCAAGAAAGAAGAACAAAUGGGAAACAGACUAUUGACAGCUCUCGCUGGACUGUUUGUGUCCAACACUAAUGAAGAUAUCAGAAUAGAAUUUACUGCUCUAGAACCCGGAUUUCAGGUCAAAGAUAGCAAAGUGAAGACGAUAAAAUCAAAGGAUGCAUGGAACACACCUGAGAACGCCACAGACUUCGCUUGUUGCCAUUUUGUCAUCAGACACGUUGACAAAACGAAGCAGUCAUUUUUCUGUGGAAUAACAGCGUCACAUGAAAACGAUCAGGCCAACAGCGAAGUCGUAGCAUAUUUUGAGCGUGAAUACGGUAAAGAAAUUCAACAAACUGAAUCGUCCCAGACACUGCAAACCACCUCGCUUGGCAUCUCAAAUGAGACGAAUUUCUGGCUACCACUGUUCUUUAUUCUUGCCUUUGGAUUCAAAAGUACACGCUUAAAAGAAUCAAACCCAUUUCUAAGCAUUAUACAACAACUGAGAAACUUACCACUGAAUGAACUACAAGUAACAUAACAAGAAAUUCUGCAGCAGAGGGAAACCACUUCUAAACAAGUUUUUUUUAUAGAUAAUAAGAAUUCCCCCAAAUACUUAGCAUCCCAGUGAACUCAAGAGAUAGAAUAUUGCGGUUCGUGCAUUGUGCGCAGGCAAAUACACUUGCUGACUGUAUAAUGAGCUCAAAAUUUCUUCAUUCCAUUAAAUUUCUAGCACAUUA